AUAUAAUGAUUGACGACAGAUAAAUAAUAUGUCAAUUUUGUGCACAUUGCACAAACUUCAAACUUCUGGCAAAUAACAUUGAAUUAAAUAAAAAAGAAUUUUUUGAAAUUUUAAUUAAAGUAACAAAUAUGGAUACAGUUGUAAAAAGUAUGCUAGAUGAGGACCCCGAAGACGAAAAGAAGGGAUUGGUUAUAUUUGGAAGAGAUGUGUCAAAAAUCCCGUGCUUUAGAGAGAGUUUCAUGUAUGGUAUAGCAUCUGGAGUUGGUGUGGGGCUGAUUUCAUUUUUAAAGACCUCAAAACCUCUCAUGUCUCAGCAUAUUGGUGUGGGCACAUUUGCCAUUAGUACAUUAGUUACCUGGUCAUACUGCAGAUAUCAAUGGUCUAAGCAAAAAUUUGAUGCUCAAUUGCUACAAGAAGCUCUAAAAGAUAAAAUAAGAUAUGAAGGAUCAGCUGUUGAAAAAGACUUAGAAAACAAAGGAGUUUUAAAAUCAGUUUGAUGUGUUUUAUCUAAAUUUUAUCGUUUUGCUAUAAGUCUUGUAUAUUAUUAAUACUUGUUGUUUUCUUGAUACAUAUAAUUUGGCAAAAAGUAACUAUAUACCUUGUAAAUAUAUUUCUUUGUUAUAAUUGUAGCAUUUGUAAUCAAAAAAAUUAAGUAUUAAAAUUUGUUUUAUAUUCUAAUAAUAUGUUAUCUAUUAGAAUACACGAAAAAUGACAGACUAAGUAUAUGAUUUAAAAAAAAAAAAUUUUAACAAUUUGGUGUAACAAAAAGGUCUUAAGGUAUAUUUUUAAAUUUUUCAAAACAGUAUAAUCUUAAUUAGAUACAGUUGAAUCAAUAUACUAUUGCUUCUACAUCCAUCGAUUACAGUAAUAGGUAUACUAUAACUUGAACAUACAUAUGUAUAAAUAAUAGUAGAUAUAAGCUUAUGUACGUUAUAGAAUGAUUAGAUAAAAAUAAAUAAAUGAUUAAUUUA